AUGGACUCGAACAAGCCAAGCAGCUUUCACUACUUCGCCUACGGAACCUAUGUCGAUGCAGCGGAGAUGAAAAAGUGUCUUUCCGCCGUCUCCGGCAGUACAACACCGGUCAUCCACUCCGCUCACCCUGCCCUGCUUCCUGGAUACCGCCUCCUGUGUGAUGCGGUGAGUGCUGAGGGGCCGCGACUGGGCUGCGUCAACAUUGCCCCGCUCAAUCUCGUCGCCCGUGAACCAUCAACCACGCGCCACUCCCCGAGCCCGUGCAGGAGCGAGACGCCACCCGAGUACAAGGCGGCUUUCCGCGAUGGGGUUCGGGGUGUGCUGUACGAGCUUCCCGCCAACAUGCGUGAGCCGCUGCUGCAAGCUGUCGCGCGCGAAGGGUCGUUCAACGUGUACGCCAUGCUCAUGUGCUACAAGAUGAGCGACGUGCACCGAGGCGCGUGGACUCCAGACUCGCAGAUGUGCGAGUCGCUCGUGAUCGCCGCGCUGGACGUGCCUCUGCUGGAGCGCAAGUUCUUCGUGGAGCCCCUCAUGAAGCUGUGCUGGCACCCGCUGCCAAAGCCGCAAGGGGUUCCGGCUCAACCAGGGCUGGUCGCCGCGCUUGCACCUUCCUCCGCUGGCUCACAACGCGGUGCAGAAGCAGUGGAGACGUCGCGCUGGCCUGUGUACCACUGGUGCAAUUGCAUUAACUCUGCGCGGGUUUCGCCCAGCCAAGCGUACGUACAGCUCCUGGAGAAGGCCUACCGUGAGUACCUACACGUGAACAUGGCUGCCGAGCAAGCUGACAGUAGCCUCACUGGAGACACCAGCCGGUGCUCCAGGCCCGGCUCAGCGUCCUCAGAUGGCGGUGAAACCGACUCGUACGCGACAGCGAUGCACCUCAUGGUGUACAAGCAGGCCCGCAAUGUGAACACCGAGCCACAGGAGGUCAAGACUUGGUACUUGGCGUAUGGCUCUAACAUGUCAUGGGAGCAGGUGUGCGUCCGCAUCGGCCCGCCGUACCAGCGCCGUGCCGCAAAGUUGCUCGACUACGUGCUGGUUGCCAAUAAGGUACCCAUCGGCUACCCGAACGGUGAUAACUUCGGGUAUUACAAUGUGGAACCGGUGGUGUUGCGAGAGAAGAAGGCGGCGCAGGGGCUGGUGAAACACCGCAGCACAAUGCCACCUUACGUCUGCGGUGCUGCGUACGAAAUCAGCCAGGCGCAGCUAGAGAUGAUGGACGCCUAUGAAAAAGGCUACUACCGCGAGCUACACCUCUGCACUGACCUACACGAUGUGACGGCGGCGCCACUGGAGUGCUGGACGUACAUUGCACAGGAAACCUCCGAAGAGUUGUUGCCGUCACUCGAGUAUCUAUCGCGCGUCUUGGAGGGCGACGAUAUUCUUCCACUGGAAUACAUGGAGGGUAUCCGUGCCACCCCGACAAAUUCGCAGCGGAGUCCGCGACAGGACAAGCGUCUUCGCAAAGAACUCUGA